GGGACCGGGGCAGCGGGACCCUGCGGGGAUACGGGGGACACCCGUGCGACAGGGGCACCCCGUGGAUGGGGCAUCGGUGGACGGCAUCAGUGGGUGGCACAGAGGUGACAGUGGCAGCGAAUGACACCGGGGUGCUGCUGGCAGGCUGUCACCCUCACCAGUGCCGUCCCCUGUGUCACACCAGGGUGACACAGCAGCCAGGGUCACUCCCCGGGCCGGGCUCUUCCCUGCUCUCAUUUUGGGGUGUCCCUCCCCUCUGGAGCCCCUUGUGCCACCCCGUGCCCACCCAGUCGUGUCUUGGGGAUACCCCAGCAGUCCCCAUCCGGGGGGGACAAUAAAUGGACCUACCUUAGAGGUGGGGGGAGCUCAGGGACAGGUGCCAGAUGAGGGGACACAGUGGUGGCCUUGCGAGGUCACCACUGGGGAUGUGGGUUUGUCUGGGGACACUGUGGUGGCUUUGGAGUGUCACCGCUGGGAGCACUGGGCAAUGCUGGGGACACUGGUGGCUAUGGAGUGUCACCACUGGGGACAUGGAGGAGUGCUGGGGACACUGGUGGCUGUGGGGUGUCACCACUGGACUCGGGGCCUCGGUGGUGACCCCGGGACACUUGUAGGGACCUGUCCGGUGGCCGAGGCCCGGUGGCCGCGUGGCUCUGCCCGGUGGCCGUGGCUGUUUCCUGCCAUUAAUCACCGCUAAUUGGCUUUGCCCUGCCGGGCCCACUGCGGGGGGAGUUUGGAGGGGUCACGGGGGGUGUAAGAGGAUUUCCCUGCUCCUUCCUCCGGCUCGGCCAUCCCGGGGUCCCGUUCCCUUGCCCGCCCGCUGCCCACCCGGCCCCGGCCCCAUGCCACGCUCCCGCGGGGACAAGGGGACCCCCAAGGACACGGAGCCCCCGCAGAAGGGGAAAGGGGGGCAUGAGGAGGGGGAGAAAUCCCCCAAAGCCCCCGAGGACGUCGGUGCCCCGGCCCCCAAGAAUUCCUGCUCCGAGUCCCGGCACGGCGGCCACGGGCAGAAGAGUGGGAAGAAGAGUCCCGCGGACCCCCACGCUGCUGCCACCAAGACUUACUCUCCCUUCCUCAACACCGUCUUUGGCAAGGAGCGGGAGCUGUCACCAGAGGAGCUGGAUGAGCUGCUGGAUGCCUUCAAGGAGUUUGACACAGACCAGGAUGGCUACAUCAGCUACAAGGACCUGGGCGAGUGCAUGCGCACGCUGGGGUACAUGCCCACCGAGAUGGAGCUCAUCGAGAUCUCCCAGCACAUCAAGAUGAGGAUGGGUGGCCGCGUGGACUUCGAGGACUUUGUGCAGAUGAUGGGCCCGAAGCUGCGGGAGGAGACAGCGCACAUGGUGGGCGUGAGGGAGCUCAAGAUUGCCUUCCGCGAGGUAUGGCCACCGCCACGGGGACAGCAGGCAUGGUGUCCCCUCCUCAGGGGCACCACAGCCAUGAGGGGACCACGAGCGUGGUGGGGACAGUGGCCCUGGAAAGAUCCUGGUCGGGACAAUGAUGAUGGGGGCAUGGAGGGGACGGUGGUUGUGGGAAGACCAAGGGAAGAUGGUGACCUGGGGGGACCAUGUGGUGACCGAGGACAUGGAGAGGACACUGACCACGGGAAGAUGAUGGGGGAGCAGUGACCAUGGUGGCGAUCACAGACAUGGAGGGGACAGUGGCCAUGAGGGAACAGUGUCCAUGGGGUGACCACAGGCGUGGAGAGAACAGUGACCAGGGGGGAAUGAUGACCAUAGUGGUGACCAUAAGUGCAGAGGAGACAGU